ACGAUGGCGACUCUCUGAAACACGCAGGCCAGGAAAAAACCAGCGCAGGCGACAGAUCGCUUUUCUCACGCCAUCGCCGGAGGACGCUGACGGACGCUGACGGACGCUGACGGACGCUGCUGGUUGUAUAUUAUUCGACCUAGACGGCCAGUUAGCAGAGAGUCCGAGAGAUAUCCAACGCUGCUUAUCUUGCGCUCUAGUGUAGGCGGGCUGGCUGGAGCUGCGACUCGGGUCGAUACGAGAACGACGGCGGAAUCGUCUUCGCGUGCGUUUGCCGGCGCAGGCCUGGCCCAAGGCUGUCCGCAAGCCCAUGGCGGAGACGAUUUCCAUUACUAUCUGCGGUGAUGGAGGAUGCGGCAAGUCGUCGAUUACGCUGCGGCUGGUGCGAAGCCAGUGGACUCACGAGUAUGAUCCAACCAUCGAGGACUCCUACUCGGUGACUCGGACGGUCGACGGGCUGCCGUACUUUCUCUCGCUCACAGACACCGCGGGCCAGGAGGAGUAUCGCGGCCUGUGGGCUGCGUCGAACCUCAAUUCCGAUGCCUUUCUGCUCGUGUACGACAUCACCAACGAGCCCACGCUCGAGACGCUGGGCCACUUCAUGGAGAUGAUAGACAUGGAGACGGAGAACCGGGAGGAGCAGAACAUCCGCCUGCUCAAGCAGUUCUAUCGUGACUAUCCCGACCUGCCGCCGGAAGACGUGCCCCCGCUGGGCAUGCCGCCGCCGGUCAAGAUCGUUGCUGGGAACAAGUGCGAUCUCAAGGAAGCCCGGGUCAUCAGCUCCAGACGGGGCCUCGAAUGGGCCAGGAGCAGAGGGUGUGGCUUCAUGGAGACCAGUGCGUGGGAGAUGGUCAAUAUCGAGGAGACCUUUGCCUUGAUUGUACGACGGGUAGUAGAGGCCCGUAAACUACACCGGGAGCAGCAGAUAGCUCAGCUCCAUGCUUUCAAAGAGGCAGAGCAGCUCUCUUCUGCCUCACGCUUCUUCUCCGCCGCCUGCAGGCGAGCCACGGAGCCCAUAGCCCUCAGCCAGACGGCGCCUCUCACCACAGAAGAGAGACAAGACCCCGCAGGACGCAGUGUCAGCUCGGGCGCACGCUCCCGCCGGCGAAGCAUCUGGCUCGUCGUCCAGCAGGCACUGACCAGACGCGCCAACGCUGCUAAUUCGAAACGUCCCAGGUCUGGUCAGCCGAUCCUCAACCCCAAUCAGUGGGAGAACCAGAGCCAAGGCCAGGGCCACAGCCAGGGACAGUCUCGUCCGGGUACCUUGUCCACGCAUUCGAGCAAGAAACCAGACCCGGACACGGGCGAGCCAGGUUACCCUAACAACUAUCCUCACUCAGACCACAGACAUGCUGGGCUCGGCCAGUUUAAACCUUCGGAGCGUGUCUCCAUACCGUGGUGGAAGACGCUGUGCUGCUGUAGCGGCAGUUAAACCACCCACAUCAACACACACCUAUAUACCCUAUAUACCAUAGCUAGCCCCUUCAUUACCCCUGAAUAUCCCCUUUGUUCACCGUCACCUGGCCACUACCAAUCCCUACUACUUUAAUGCCUGUCACACACAGCUCACUGCCUCGACCACGCGACCUCCUCCCCGAUCUUUCUUUGCUUUUCUUUUUAGCUAUAUAAUUCCCCACGGCUGGAUCGGAACCUCUCAUUCUUGCCCUUCUCUACCAGGUUUUCUUCGAUUUGAUAUAUAUAUAGAGGUCUGCACCACUGCGUCUUAAUUCCGUCUUGCUCUGGGUGGAUAGUUUUGCAUUUUACUUCUUUUCUUUACUUAUUUAAAUUCUUUUCGUUUCUUUUUCUUGUUUUCUUUUGAUUCAACUAUAGGCUGGCUUGAUGCAUGUUUCAACAUAUGUCUUGCCUGUUUAUCCUGCCUAACGAUUAUGCAAUAUGUCCACAUAUAUACACAUUUCUACGGAGUAUGAUUCAAGUGUCUAGCAGCAAUCCUACUAGUUUUUGCAUUGUUUGUGUUUAUUUACUUUGCUUCCUUUAUUUAAACUUAGCUUUAAUUGCCGACUGUAAGUUUGGUCAAUGGGACAGGGACAGGGACACCCUAAUUCUGGGACCUCUGAAGGAAUUGUAAUAUGCAGGCCAUCUUCCCAAGUAUGCAGUUAUACAGAUGCUGGAUAUCGGCUCAAGCCACCGCUUCUUCAAGCUGGCCGAGCGAAGGAUUGCAGAUUCGGUCCUUCAACUGUACCAGGGCAUCUCUGAGCAAGGGGGCCACCCACUCUCAUCAUCUAUAUCCCACGAUCCAUCCCCCAGAGGAGCCAGGUAUCAACGGCAGGAAUAGCAGAGACCCAUAUACCGUCUCUUCCAACGGGAUGUGGAAUCAAAAGAAAAAUCGGGAUAUUAAUUGAACGCAGCGCUUUUAUUCUCCACGGAAAGCUCCCCCGCGG